UCGUCAUCAAUUUCAACUAGCAAAGCAUUACCGAUCACUCCUUGGAUUGAUUCAUAGCGUUCCUUUCAGAACUCUCCCCUCGAACACACUAAGGCCUUGUUGGUUUGUGAAGUUGUAAGCUUUAGACAAUGUCUUGCCUCUCCGCUUCAGGCCUCCUCUUCUCUCCGUCGCCCUCUCUUUUGUCCCAAAGCAGCCGCCUCAGAUCUGGUUGUUCGGCAUUCAUCCCCCGGCCAACUGCUCAGAGGGCUCCUAGGUUGGUCAAGACUCGAGCCUCAGAUGAGAAGGAUGGGUCGCUCGACGUUGAGUUCAGCGGCCAAAAGGGAACCGGCUCGCUGGAACGCCGGGCUCGCCGUCCUGCCCUCGACAUCCCUCCAUUUGGUCUGAUGGACCCGCUUUCGCCGAUGAGGACGGUGCGGCAGAUGCUGGACACGAUGGAUCGCAUCUUCGAGGAGUCGUGGUCAUUCCCCGGUUCCAAUCGUCCGUCGCGGGACGUCCGAGCCCCCUGGGACUACGCGGACACCGAGACGGAGGUGCGGAUGAGGUUCGACAUGCCGGGCCUCACCAAGGAAGACGUCAAGGUCUCCAUCGAGUCCGACAACGUGCUGGUCAUCCGGGGCGAGCACAAAUCCGAUUCGGCCGAAGGCGAUUCUUGGACGUCUCGGAGCUCAGCAGUCUACGACACCCGCCUGGUUCUCCCGGACAAUCUCGAGACAGACAAAAUCAAGGCCGAGUUGAAGAACGGCGUCCUUUUCAUCACCAUACCCAAGAAGAAAGUCGAAGCCAAAGUCGUCGAUGUACAAGUUGAAUAAUAAAGGAAAUCCCAUCGUUUGUCGUAAGAGCGGGAGAUGAUGAACUAUCUAUCAAUCACGAAAUAUAAACCGAGAACCGAUGUGCAAUAUUGUCUCCCUUCCCUGGUGCUGCUGCGGUAAACAAAUGUGUGUCCUCGAUACAAAAAAUCGUGUAAAGUGCGGAAAGGAAAAAGAAAAACAAGUUAGUUCAUGAAAAAUAUCAUGAUAUGCAAA